UUUUCCAGAUAUGAAGACUUCUUUUGGGGUUAAAAAGCAAAAAAGUUCAACAAAGCUGAAGUCCUUCGAUGGAUCUGAAGAACUGAGCAUAGCCGAGAAACAAGAAGAUGAUAAAGGAACUCUUUCAACCCAUGAGAAAGAGCUUCAAAAGAUCCGCUCUAAAAUUGAGCAAAUGGAGAAAGAGAACUUGGAAACUAAGGCCUGGACUAUGCAGGGAGAGGUAACCGCCAGUAAAAGGCCGAAGAACAGUGCACUCGAGGUUGAUCUGGAUUUUGAGCACAAUGUAAGACCACCUCCUGUGAUCACAGAAGAGGUUACAGCAUCCCUUGAAGAAUUAAUUACAAAAAGGAUUAUUGAGGGGCAUUUUGGUGAUGUUCAAAGGGCACCUAGUUUGCCAUCUAAAGCACCAAAAGAACUCAAAAGAGUUGGAUGA